CGGGGCGGGCGUUCCUCCCCCGAGGUUGAAGCAACAACCCAAGCUCAUCGGGGGGCCUGGCCGGUCUUCUGAUUCCUGCACCGCGGGGAUUGGACUAGAUGACUCUGGGGGUCCCUUCUAAAUCCCCCGUUCUUCUGUGUACCCUCUUUCCCAUUCCAGCCAGAGGUGACUUUAGGACUAGUGUUUGCCUCUCACCCAGGCUAUGCAUGAGCGUCCGCGGGAAUUUUCCCGAAGGUGGGGGAGCGCAAAGUAAAUGCUCGCUAGCACCGGAGAACGUUUCUCGUAAACCACAUUUUCCUUAGAAAAUAAAAACAGCAGGGACCCCACAAAAUCUCAAGGAGGAUUCUUUGGAAACAUUUCUAGGGUCACCGUUUGAUCAUGUAACUUUUCUCUCUCCUCUUUUAAUGCUGUCACAUCCAGCUGCACCACAUCCGCUUGCUUCUUAACCUCACAGUUCUCCUCAGAUAAUUUCCCAUCUGCCUCCUCCACAGAGACUGUUAUUUUAGUUGACUUAGAGAUCAAGAGGCCAAGUGGAAUUAUGGUGAGCUCUGAGUUGGGUGGCAUUUGGGGAGUUGAGGUCAAGACAGGAAAUGUCAGGAAAUGACACUCACCUUUUCCACUGAAAUAUUUCACAGGUGCUGACUAGAGCUGGGGGGUGUCAGCUGCAUCCCUGUAUGAGUCUCUGCCUUGCUGGUCUUCCAGAGCCAGUGCUGGCCUCCUUCCCUGUCAGCUUUUUUGAUAUGCUUUGAGUAUAGUGCCCCCUUAUGGGUGGGCAGUAGCAGAGCCCAAGGUCUUCUGUUCCUCUGCGGUGUCUGUUAACGGGCCCUUCUCUCUCUGUCACUGCCAGGAAGUUCCAACCUUGAAGCGGUAAAUACUGAGAAUUUAGUCCAGCGCCAGGAGGUACAAAAAAUGAAGCUGUUGGAAAACUCUAGUUUUGAAGCCCUAAACUCCCAGUUGACGGUGGAAACAGGAGAUGCACACAUCAUUGGCAGGAUUGAGAGCUACUCUUGCAAGAUGGCCGGUGACGACAAGCACCUCUUCAAGCAGUUCUGCCAGGAAGGGCAGCCCCACGUGCUUGAGGCCCUGUCCCCACCUCAAACCACCGGGAUCAGCCCCAGCAGGCUCAGCAAGAGUCAAAGUGGCGACGAGGAGGGCCCACUCAGCGACAAAUGCAGUCGGAAGACCCUCUUCUACCUGAUAGCCACCCUCAACGAGUCCUUCCGUCCUGACUACGACUUCAGUGCUGCCAAGAGCCACGAAUUCAGCCGGGAGCCGAGUCUCAACUGGGUCGUCAACGCUGUGAACUGCAGCCUCUUUUCUGCUGUGCGGGAGGAUUUCAGCGCCUUGAAGCCCCACCUGUGGGACGCUGUGGACCAGGAGAUCUGCCUCUCGGAGUGUGACAUCUACAGCUACAACCCGGACCUGGACUCGGACCCCUUUGGAGAAGAGGGCAGCCUGUGGUCCUUCAACUAUUUCUUCUACAACAAGCGGUUGAAGCGAAUCGUCUUUUUCACCUGCCGUUCCAUCAGUGGCUCCACAUACCCUCACCCCGAAGCGGGAAAUGAGCUGAACAUGGAUCUGAGCGAGGAUGAUGCGGAGGAGGAGGAGGCAGCCGGCCGCUGCGACGAGGACGGGGCCAGCAUCGAGGAGGAUAGGAGACAAGUGAUCUGCAUGUGACUUCUUGGGCUCUUUUGCGCCCCCUCUGAAGACGGCUCCUCCAGCGUGUUCCCCCAGACUAGCCCAGCGUUGCGUUGCUCUGCCUAUUGGCCCUGUGGUUGCUGCCUGACCAGCUGGUGCCUCCAGACUCCCAAGGAUGCUGCCAGCCAGUCCCUUUGUCUGCCUGCAGGCUUUGGCACCCCUGCAGCACUGGAAACUUUGUCCAGCCCCCGAGAAGCACUUUUCUGUUCCAAGUGGCGUCAGAGCAAAUGCCCUCCGUUCAUCUGCAGCAGCAGCAGCAGCAGCAGCCACCAUGGUGAGGAGGCUGCACCUGUCUGGGUUUGGGGCUGUGCCUCUCUUUCCUCAGGACGCUGGACCCGCUCAGACUGACCCUCCCUGGAGAUUUGUCCGUCAGUUUCAAGUGUCUGUGGGCCCCUUUUUGCCCCAGAGUUGGCCUCUGCUGACUUCCAGAUGCUACAACCUGCUAAAGACUGCACAACAUGCAGAAGCUGGAUUUCCUGAUGGUGGCAUCUCCCCCUCCCUUGUUUUUGGCUGCAAAAGACAUUGGUGCCGAGUGUCCUGGACUGGCAGAAGUCGGGGUUUGAGCACCUUGGUAGUUUGGCUGCUUUGCUUUUCCCCAAGAGCUCAUAGAGUUUUAUUUUUGUAUUCCGGCCCAAACCUCUGUGCUCGUGUCUCCCCCAUCCACCCUCCCUGCGCCCUUUCCUAUGCCAGCCUCCUUCCACCUUUCAGGCUCCACUCCGUAGCCCAACGAACUCAUUUCUGGGUUGAUAGGAGGGAGUGCCUGGUACCUCCUCUGCUCAAGAGCUGAAGGAACAUUGGCGCUGGCAGAGCAGAAGGGGGCUGCUCUCAUUCCCUUGCCAUCGUAGUAUGGGGCUGUGAAAGUGGCCCCCCCUUUCUCGCUCCCCCCUUUCUCUUGCACUGACUUGGAUUCCCUCGGGGGGGGGGGGUGUCUUGCCGUCUUUUCUGCAGUCUUGUGGUCUGAUUCCAGAGGGCUAUGGCUGUAGGGGCCUCUAUCCUUCGGCUUCUCAUCUGGGCAAAAUCACUCCAGGCCCACCAUUUGGAGCAACCUGCCGAGAACAACAGGCCUGGUCCCCUGUUCACCACCCCUCUGCCAAAAGGUUGGGUUGAGAAGGAGCCUGCCUUUGGUCCCCUUGAGACUUCCCCGCAGCUGUUUCCCCCUGCUUCCCUUGCCCCUGUGCUAGGCAGCAAGUGAUUUUGGAGCACCCCUUUGCCUCUUUCCCUUUAGAUCCACUGGCCUGUUUGCCACCUCCUGUUUAACUCUGUUGCCUAGCAAUUUUAUUGUUGCAGUUAUAAACGUUUUUCUCUCUGCGA